ACUUCUCUCACAAAUUUUGAACUUCCUCUUCUCCUCAAGUUCCUAGUGUUUCCACAAAUAUGUAUAACCAAAGAAGAAAACCUUCACUUCUACUUACUCUCUCAGCCAUUAUCUUGCUCAUAUUCUUCUCUCUCCCAAUAUCAUUACAAACUCAAAAUAUUCAAUUGGAAAUAGCCCAUUCUCAUUGCCAAGACACACUUUACCCACAACUUUGCAUUUCCACUCUCUCAUUAAUCCCAAAUCUUCACCAAAAAACCAUUCCAGAAAUCAUUUCUUCUACUGUCAAUACCACUGUAGAUGAAGUCAAAGCCUCUACUGAAAAUUGCACUAACAUACUUCACAAGAUGUCCAAAUUGGACCCUAUUGAGAAAAGAGCUUUAGAUGAUUGUAUUGAACUUUUGGGUGAUAGUACUAUUUCUGAGCUUAAUACUACUCUUUAUGAUCUUUCUACCAAAAAUCAUAAUUCCCCUUAUAAACAUUACAAUGAUUUACAAACACUACUUAGUGCUGCAAUGACAAAUCAAGAUACUUGUCUUGGUGGAUUUGAUGAUAGUAAACACAAUUUGAGACAUUAUAUUGAGCAUAAUUUGCAUACCAUAGAACAACAUGUGAGUAACUCCCUUGCCAUGCUCAAGAAGUUGAAGACAGGGACAGCGCCAGGGUCAUCAAUUCCAUCAUCAUCAAACUCGAACGAAGUGUUUCCCGAAUACGGAGCUAUGAAAAAUGGAUACCCAAAAUGGUUGAAAAAAAAGGAUAGGGCACUUUUACAAGCUCCAAUAAACCAAAUUAAAUUCGAUUUGGUGGUGGCUAAAGAUGGAAGUGGAAAUUUUAGAACAAUUAACGAAGCGUUAAGUGCAGCUCCCAGUACAAGUAGUACAAGAUUUGUGAUAUACAUUAAGGCUGGAACUUAUUUUGAGUACAUUGAUGUUGAAAGAAAGAAAAGUAUGAUAAUGUUCGUCGGAGAUGGGAUCGGAAAAACGCAGAUAAAGGGUAAUCGGAACGUCGUCGACGGGUGGACUACUUUCCGAUCAGCCACCGUUGCGGUGGUGGGAAAUGGAUUCAUAGCAAGGGGCAUAACAUUUGAAAACUUUGCCGGACCAAGCAAGCACCAAGCAGUGGCACUAAGGAGUGGCUCUGAUCUUUCGGCAUUUUACCAAUGCAGCUUUGUUGCAUAUCAAGACACUCUCUACGUCCAUUCCCUUCGACAAUUCUAUCGUGAAUGCGACGUCUACGGGACAGUCGACUUCAUUUUUGGUAAUGCAGCUGUUGUUUUCCAGAACUGCAACUUAUAUGCUCGUAAACCAAACCCCAACCAGAAGAACAUUUUCACAGCACAAGGAAGAGAGGAUCCAAAUCAAAACACUGGAAUUUCAAUCUUGAAUUGCAAAGUGGCUGCUGCUUCAGACUUAGUUCCUGUACUAUCAUCCUUCAAAAAUUAUCUCGGACGUCCCUGGAAACAAUAUUCAAGAACUGUUUUUCUCCGAUCAAAUAUUGGCAGUUUAAUUGAUCCUGCUGGUUGGUUAGAAUGGGAUGGUAAUUUUGCAUUGAAUACACUUUAUUAUGGAGAGUACUUGAACAACGGACCAGGUUCAAUUACUAGUGCUAGAGUAAAAUGGCCUGGUUAUAGAGUUAUUAAUAGCUCAGCUGAAGCAAGUCAAUUCACUGUUGGGAAUUUCAUACAGGGAAGUCAAUGGUUACCGGCUACCGGUUUCCCAUUUUUCCUCAGUUUAACUUCCUCGUCUGAUACAUAGGCGGAUCUAGGACGAGUUUUAAAGUCAUAGUGGCAAAUAAAAUUUAAGAUUUGUAAUUUUUAUAUAUACAUAUCCGAAAAUCCAAGAUUAGAACGAAGGUGUGGACCACUGCCGUCAACCUGUGGAUGUCACAUAUCCUGUAGACAACAAUCGCGCAGUAGUCACCAGCUUGGUCCAUUGCUUGUAUCUCUUCAUGUCCUAUGAUUUUUCUAAGCAUCUUAAGGAUGCUAUUAGCUUGUUUUACUAAUGAAAAUAUUAAGUUUCCUAUGUAAGAAAUUUGAUGUCUGGUCUUCA